AUGGAAUGCACAGCCCAGCCACAGACAGAGCAGCGUAGCACGCUGGCAAUUAUUUUAUCGUUUUACAAGACGGUGAUUUUUCUAGCCGCCCCCGUGCUUCUCGCUGUAGUGCCGUUAUAUGUACCAACAUCGGUAGGACUCGGUGCAUACGUCGCUCUCCUGCUGGCCGUGUAUUGGGUCUUUGAGGUUGUACCACUGGCAGUUACAGCACUAUUACCCAUAAUUCUUUUCCCUAUUCUUGGAAUCGUCGAUUCGAAGCGCGUUUGCAGCAACUACUUCAAGGACACGAACGUGUUAUUCGUCGGAGGCUUGAUAGUCGCAGUGGCAGUGGAAAAAUGGAACUUGCACAAACGUAUUGCCCUCAGAGUUCUGAUGAUGGUCGGUUCCAAGCCGCGUUGGAUUAUGUUUGGUUUUAUGCUGACCACAGCGUUUUUAUCAAUGUGGAUCAGUAACACUGCGACAACCGCCAUGAUGGUCCCCGUUGCUCAGGCAGUCGUCUCACAGUUAUGCCACCACGGAGAGAAGAUUGAGGUGACUAGGCGGAGGUCUAUUCGUAUGGGUUCAAGCAAACGGAAGAAGUCUUCUGUAACGCAAACAAUUUCAAAAACAUCAAUCAAAGGAAUAACAACGCCCUCACAGGAUGCGGAGGAGAGAAAUCCCAUGCUGCAAAGUCAAAAUGGCGACAUGGCUCCAGCAGACAGUGGGGAAGUAGAGAUGGGGCAGAUUCGAGUUAAAACCCCAGAUGGGGAGGUUACUUAUGUCGUGAAGAACGAUCCGGUAUCAAAGGAAUCUGAAAUUCUGCCUAUCGAGGAAGAGUGCGAAGACAUAGAUGAUAAUUUCAGACAAAGACAAAAAAAGAUAGAUCUAAAUUUACAGAAGGGAAUAUUUUUGUGCGUCGCAUACGCUGCUAAUAUCGGUGGUACGGGUACAUUGACUGGUACUAACCCCAAUCUAGUCUUGGCUGGUCAGGUGGACAGGAAUGAACUUAAACUGUUUGCAAAAAAUCCAUCUGUAUAUUUACGCCGAGAAGAAAAGCAUGUGGACGAUGCAGUUAAAAGCAUAUUUUAUGACCAGUAUCAAGCUCUUGGGCCUACAUCAUGGGCGGAGAUUGCAGUGCUGUGUCAUUUCACGUUCUUGGCACUGCUGUGGUUGACGAGAGAUCCUGGCUUCAUACCUGGAUGGUCAGACCUCUUCACGGAAGGUUACGUGACGGACGCCACGGCAGCUGUAAUGAUAGCCGUGUCACUGUUUGUGUUUCCAAGUAGAAAACCCAAUCUGAAUUGUUGUAGUCGAAAUAACGGUGGUGAGGGUACUGCCGGGCCGGUGCCUGCUGUGUUGGAUUGGAAGUCAGUUAAUAACCAUUUACCAUGGAGUGUUGUCAUACUAUUAGGUGGAAGCUUUGCAUUGGCUGAUGGAAUCAAGGUGUCUGGUUUGACUGAUGUAAUUGGCGAGCAGCUGACUGGAUUGCAGUCUGUUCCACCAUUCGCUGUAGCGCUUGUAAGCACCAUCGUAGUUGCCAUCUUCACGGAAAUCACAAGCAACACAGCAACAGCCACAAUCUUCUUACCUGUACUCGGAAAACUGGCUGAAGCUUUACAUCUAAAUCCACUUUAUUUGAUGCUUCCAGCGACACUGACGUGUUCCUUUGCAUUCAUAUUACCCAUAGCAACACCUCCCAACGCCAUAGCAUUCUCGUAUGGUGUAUUGACAGUUGCAGACAUGGUAAAAGCGGGUACACCGAUGACCAUCAUCGCCAUUUUCAUCGCACUCCUUAACACCAAUCUAAUGGGUGUGGCGUUGUUUGGAGUCAAUAAUUUUCCAGACUGGGCGAUAACGACCUCGGCUACGGCCCCGGUUAAUACAACAGCUAACAUAGCUAUCACAUGUUUUAACAUCAGUACCAUACCACCCAGUGUGGUUCUUUUAACCUAAAAUAAAAGUCAGGACAGUCGAGUACAUUAUUUUUAAACAAAGGAUUGUUACAGUAUAAUGGCAAAUACCUCAGUGUUUUUCAAAGCCAUUUAUAAUAAGAUUUAUGUAAUUGCCCUGUUUAUUUCUUAGUUACAAUUAAAGGACCAUUCGCCG